UUUUUUGAACCGUUACCUUUGUUUCACUGCCGACUAUCAUCGAUGCACUCACCUCAUCAUCUUCUGACUUGCUCUUUAUAUGAAUCUUUGCAGGUUGAAAAUGUAUGCACCGCAGUCGUCUACACGGUUCAACGGCAGAAGAUCAAACGGGUUGUGUACUACAUAUGCGAAGAUCCUGAGAGCGAAUUGACGGCGGCCCCGUUCGGAGCCUGGAAGACGCAGGCCCGAAUCGACCCCAAGUACGAGAGUCUGGCGCACUACGCAGUGUCCACCCAAGUCGAAGGUCGAGAAUACUACGACACGGUCCUCGGGAUCUUGGAGGUGAAGACUCAGAUUGUGGACGGCGUGAUCUACAUGUUGAAGUUUACAACGACUCAAUCGACGUGCAAGAUCGAAGCCGGCGUGGAAUACUCCAAGCUGAACUGCCAUCCCAGGAGAAGCAAGGUUGAAAAUGUAUGCACCGCAGUCGUCUACACGGUUCAACGGCAGAAGAUCAAACGGGUUGUGUACUACAUAUGCGAAGAUUCUGAUUAUGUCGAGGUCGCUUGA